AUGACAAGGAAGGGACAUGCUGAGCGCAAGGCUAACAGUCUAUGGGAUACAUACACAAGCAUCUUGAAUUAUCAAGCCAUAAUCCUGUCCAUAAACUCCAGCUUUGUGGAUCCCUUACUGCAAUUUGAAACUCAGCUGAGUAUAAUAGAGUCAUCCUUUAAAAUGGUAUUUGCUAUACCAAGUCUUGACAAAGUGCAAGAAAUGGGGGACGACCAAAAUGAGAGGCUCGACCUGGAGGAAUUAUACCAAAGUAUUUUAAACAUAUUUGAGGACACUCUUCUGAUCUUAGUGUCUAAAGACCUCUACAAACUGCAAAUCUUAAAGGAAAUGGCUGUGUGGAUGAAUCAAGAUAGAUCAUACAUGCAAAAGAGAGUCAUGGUUAUCAUCACCAGGGUGCUGAACUUCGCAUCCAAGAAAGUCAAGGGAUAUACAAGUGUGGAUGCUCCGUGUCUGGGGGUCUUGGCAGCAGAACUGUCUCUUCUGUGUUCCAACACCGAUCAAACCAUCACACAGCAAGCGGCCUUUGGAAUGUAUCACCUCCUUUGUAUUGCAAAGUGUCAGAAUGAUUUGAAUACUUCAAAGUUUGAUAGAUCUACAAGUCACUGUUUGCUGCCUCCGUCCUUAGAUAUAGAAUUCCUACCCAACAUCUUGCAAGGAGACCAAAGUAAAAUCGCUCAGAGUGUAGGACAAAUCUUAGUGCCAUCUCUGAUGACUGACUUUGUGUGGAGUCUCUUUAUGAGACUCAGUGCACCUGAUCAAGUAAUGGCAAAGGAGGCAGCCACCCUGCUGAAAUUGAUCCUGGAAUUCCACUCCCGCAAGGUCACCAUGGUGUCUAAGAUAGUGAGUGCUAUUUAUCAGCAAUUGUGUAACAAUUCUACUCACAUUAUGAAGCAAGCUAUGCUGCGAGUCAUCACCUUAUUGACACGUACUUCACCGAAGAAGGUCAUCUUUCAGCUUAUGGACUACCCAGUCCCAGCAGACAACACUUUGAUACUGAUGUGGCAGGCAGCCGGGUCUGAGUCCAGCGUGGCCCCCUACGUACUGAAGACAAUCUUGUUGAUACUGAAAGGAAAGCCUGGGGAGAUGCAGGACAGUCUCACGGACAAAAAACGUUCCUCUCUCGACGCUACUAAUAUGAUGCCCGUGGCGGCAUCCCAGGCCCUGUGCACGUUGCUGCCCACUGGUUCUUACAAGAAAGCAGUGGCCCAGUUCUUCCCUCAGCUCUUGAUGGCUCUCAUGUUUCAAAUCUUCUACAGCAGCAACAUGGAACUGCAGACAGAGGACAAUUUCUUCUAUGCCCAGGAUGCCCUGAGAGUUCUGCUGAAUUGCUCUGGACUACAGCAGGUGGAUAUUACUCUAAAGAAAAGGAAUUUCUGGAACCAGGUCUCCCGGGUGCUGUUUUACCUCCAUGGGACCUACCUCGUUGCCAAAACUCUGGGUGAAUAUAACUUCCCGCAGUUUCCAGAGACCCUGCAGUAUCUCUACAAGCUCUCGGUGGAAGGUCCGAGAAGGUCCGAGGACAGUGUGAUCACAGUCAUUUUCCUCACUGAACUUCUGAAUAAAUUCUUCAAGGACCCAUUCCCAGAAGAAUUUCUGGGUCUCUUCAAGAACUGGGUCAAUGAUUCCAAUCCUGCAGUUAGCAAACUGAGCCUACAGAAAAUCUCCAGCAUGGCGUCAGUAAUCAACGAGAUAAAAGAUGUCAGCGGCUUACUAAUAUCCAUCAUGGAUGCCUUCUCUUCCAAAGACAAGACUGUUGUAAUUCGGGCCUUGUUUACCCUUCGAAGACUUUUGAACAAACUUGACAGGGUGACCUACUCAUCUUUGUGUACCAGAAUUGCUUCCAGCUACUGCCCUCUGAUGGAUCAUAAUGACGCAGGCAUUCGGAGCAUGGCCAUCCGGCACUUUGGUGAACUGCUCAGGGACAUGAACCAGUACACAUGGAUGUUGAGUGCCGUGGUUCUAGAAGCCCUGGUGCCUCUGAUCCUGUUUCUGGAGGAUACAGACAAAAGAGUCGUUACGUCAUGUAAACAUACACUGGAAAUCUGCGCCUCAGCAUUAAAAUGGCCAGCAUUGCAUCUGCUCGUGGAAAAUUACAAUUUUGAGCUGGUCGUGCUCAAUAUCUGCAACAAUAUUUUUAUUUCUCAUGGGAGCUACAUUACUGAUUUGAUAUCUGACUGCUUAGGAUUCCUGAGGAGCUCCCGAGUAUAUCUGAGGAGAGCAUCUAUUAUUUUAAUAGGGUAUUUGGCAACAUUGGGUAGCCAUUUACUCCUCAGAGAUGACAUUGAAGUUUUGCUUGAGGCUAUCGACCGAGUGUUUCUGGAUGAAGACCUUGCGGUCAGGGAGUUGGCAAGAAAAACCCACGAAUUUUUUAGGAAAAUAUCCCAUAAAAUGACCUCCUCGAUUAUUAAACAAAGCUUCCGAAGAUUGUUUAACUUCAUCUACAUCAAAAAAGUGAAGCCUCUUUAUAAUUAUGUCUCUCCUGAUGAAGAGACAGCAAGUAUUAAGGAUAUGAAAGAAACUGAGACUUAUGACUACGUUUUGUGA